UUCAUCAAUAGCUGCCCCGUGUGAUUGCUGACCUUGUCCACGUGCGCACCGGAGUGCGGGAGUCAAACACUGAGAGCUUGGCCAGACGUGAAUCCACUAAACGUUACGGGGACAAUGACAGGGAAUCCCUGGGGAUAUGGAAAACAGGACGGUCCUUCUGUAUGGCACAAAAACUACCCUGUUGCCGAGGGGGACCGGCAGUCGCCCAUUGACAUCGUCCCUCAUCAGGCUUCACAUGACCCCAGUCUGGGUCCGAUUGUCCUGAACUACGAUAAGUGUACCUCCAUCAAAAUUGCCAACAAUGGACACUCUGUUGUUGUGGAGUUUGAGGACUCUGAUGACCGUUCAGUGAUCCAGGGAGGCCCGCUUGGCAACCCCUAUAGGCUGAAACAGUUUCACUUCCACUGGGGCGGAAAGGACUGCCAUGGGUCUGAGCACACUGUUGCAGGGAAUAGCUAUGCAUCUGAGCUUCAUUUAGUACACUGGAAUGCUGUCAAGUACAAGACGUUUGAGGAGGCGGCAACAGCUCCUGACGGCCUUGCUGUCCUCGGCAUCUUUUUAGAAACAGGUGACAACCACAGAUGGCUCCACACGAUCACAGACGUUCUGUACACUGUCAAGUUUAAGGGCAGUGUCACAGAUUUCAAAGGUUUCAACCCCAAGUGCCUUCUGCCCAGCAGCCUCCACUACUGGACCUACCUGGGAUCACUGACCACACCCCCCCUGUACGAGAGUGUCACCUGGAUCAUCGUAAAGGAUCCAAUCAUAGUGUCUGAAAAACAGCUGGGCAAGUUUAGAACGCUUGUGUUCACUGGAGAGGAAGAGGAUCAGAGGACACGCAUGGAAAACAACUUCAGGCCUCCCCAGCCUCUCAAAGGCAGGAAAGUGCGUUCCUCCAAUUAAUGUGACCCCAAGACAGCUAAAGAUGUCAAGAGAACAAAGGCUCUUUCAGAUCACAAUGAAUGCAUUCAUUUGAUUGUACUUUUUAUACCUCAUGGUAGCUUAUCCUGGGGAUUUCUGAUAUACUUUGGACAGAAGAGUAAUUCUCAUCACUGCCAGCACAUUGAGAUUUUUGUGUCCCUCUACUAGUCAGAAGCGAAUGGCAGACAGAGGAAUCAGUUUUUGAAUGAUUUAGGAAAAAAACAAAAAGGGAUGUUUUGAAGCAAUAUAAUAUUAUGACUUUGCAGGUUUGUUAUUUGACUACUAUGUGGUAUUUGGAGAUAUUAUAAUAACUAUAUGUUAGUGAAGAUUCAAAGGCUGGAUGUGUCCAUAGCUGUUUAAGGAAAACAAGUUUUGCUGAGACAAGCUCUUGCAAGGUGCUAUUACUGUAUAUGUAACUAUUCUAUGCAACUAUUAAGUCUGUAUACCCUCACAGCCUGUUUGUUUGCAGACUGGUGUCACACCACUCUGAUGUCUGCAGAUUCAAGGCCUCAGCCUCCUUACUGAUCCCAAAUGAUACCCCGUUGAUCCAGCCUGUUGCUGGUGGAUUCCCAGUCCUUGUGCCAUAGAUCCCUUCCAGUCCAACAAUCCCAACUGGAGGUGGGAUUGGAUUAGCGCGGUGUUUGCUUAAACUGCUCUGUUUGGCCAUGACGUCGUAGGGCAUCAAAGUCUCAGGUCUUUUAAACUUGACUUUAGAGCUCAAGAGACUUAGAUAUUCACCACCAGCAGGUAUUAUUUUUAGCAUGCUCUCUAGAUUCAACAAAAGCCUGUGUUUACAACUAUUUCUCAUUUAGGAUUCAUUAAACUCCAGCAGCCCUAACGAGGGGACAAUGAAUUCAAUAUUUCAAUCAAACUCAGAAUCUUUGUCUUCAAACUGCAUCCUAUCUGAGGUGUCGCAAUUUCCUGGUCACGUGUUUCUACUAUGCAGGAGGUGACGCACAUUUCUAUUAAGAGCUCACCUCUGUAAGACAAACAAAUGCACAGUCCAGUAUGCAAAUGCCUGACAAAGGCCCUGUUGUCUCACUUGGUGAGUUAUGGCAGCUUUUUGUAAUGCUCGUUCUUUUUUAGAUGGACUUGGAUUUUACUAAUACAGCGGUAUGGCCGGGAAAAACUUUUGUUCACAUACAGUAUAAACGCACACAUUAACAAUGGCACCUCACUUAUGAUUGUUUUAUGUUGUUGAUGUGAAAGAACAUUCAAAUUGUAAUUUCUGGAUGGUUUGAAUAUUUUUGUAAUGCAUGCAUUGCUGUGUGUGCUGAAUGAAAUAAAUUUCAAAGUCCUUUUGUUUUACAGUUUUCUUCUCACAUUUAAAGCCAAUUGUUUUAGACCGACAUUUACAGAUCAUUUGGGAUAUUCUAACUAUGCUUCUGCUAUCAACCAAAAAACUGUUGCUUUAUUGUGUUGUAUUAUUUUGGUGUUUGAAAAACAGACAAAUGGUAAACAGAAGAGUACAAGCAGACAUUUACAUUCAAGAAAUGCAGUUGGCAAUUUAUCUUCUAACUAAAAAACAUUAUUCACCUCAGUUUAAGGUGCAGAGUCUUGUACCUGCUAUCUACAAUAUAUUUUUCGACAUUGAAGCAAAUGUUCAAACUAUCUCACUGAUCAGAAGUAGUACUGGUUUCAAGGUAAUUAGUAGCCAGGUUUUAGCCUAGAGGAGGUGAGGGACGGAGAGAAGGAUGGGCUGUUAUCACGGUCAAUUAUUUACCAACUGUGUUCAUUGAGCCGCUUUAUUUGGCCCUUAAAUUCAGCAUGGCAAAGUGUUUAUAGUUAAUAUUAUUAACAGACCAAUAUUGUUAAAUAAUAAAUAAUAAAUACUGAUGGGUUGUGGCUGUAACGUGUAGGGAGGCCAUUACAUCUGUUUGCUCCUGUACAUGUGUUUCUGUCUUGGUUUUCUAAAUGGAACGAAUAAAUAAUGUCCUUGUAUCAAUGAUGUAGGCUCUAUCCAAUAAUGAAAUAAAGUAGGUAUAUUUAUUCUCAUGUA